AUGACUGAUCAUCUUGGAUCUUACAGGCCGGACCGAGUAACCCUAUACAUCGCAGACUCCAAGCCUAUUUUCUUCCAGUCCAUGGACAGUCCUUUAAUCCCCCAUCUACGAGUACUCCACGCCUUUCCCAACGCCAUGCCUACAGUUGGAAUAGACAGAGGGGCAAUCAGAUUCGUCCUAUCAGGAGCUACAUUAAUGGCUCCUGGUCUCACAUCUGCUGGCGGCAGUUUGCCUGACGCAGAGCAUGCACUAGAAGCCGGCACAAUAGUAGCCAUCAGGGCGGAAGGAAAGGAAGAAAUAUGCAUGGUUGGUGAGCUGAAGGUGGGAACCGAGGAUAUUAAGAAGAAGGGGAAGGGCGUUGUCAUGGAUGAAGGUCAUUAUUUGGGCGACGGGCUUUGGAAGCUAAACUUUGAUUAA